UCUUCUUGUAUCAUAUGUUUGAUAACGAUGGAGAGAGUAGAUUAUGAUCAACUCAAGCGUUUGCAGGGAGAGAAGAGGUCGUUUAGAAUGGUUAAACCUUUUACCUAUUAUGGGGAAAAAGGAGAAUCAUCCACCGAAGCUCAUCAUGCUAGUGUGAACGAUAGCAAGAGAGAGAUCAAAAGGAUAACGAUGAGCUCCUGCAGCUCAGGCAAACGACAGAAGAUGAUUCAUGUGUGCGAAGAAGACCCUAAACAAAACCCUAAUCAUGAUGCUUGUUCUACAAGUUUGUGCCAUGAGGAGUCCAAGAGGCGUGGACAAGUGGUUACCAACAAAAAGGUUAAAAGAAGAGAGCCCGUUGAAGAGAGGGGGAGGACACCUGAAUGGCUGGUUAAAGUGAUGAGAGAAGAGAAUGGUACGGACGUGAAGAUGAUAACGAAGAAGGACCUUGUAUGUAGUGAUCUCAACGAACAUUAUGCACGUCUCUUGAUUCCCUGGAACGGCAUAACGGAUAUGGACUUUAUGAACGAGGAGGAGUUGGGUAUCGUACACCAACAUUACAUAAAAGUGACUAAAAAAGGAUUGGAUUUUACCUUGGUGGAUUUGAAGGGUAAAAGAUGGGGGCUUAACCUCAGGAGAUGGGAUAUGGGGCCCAAUUCCAACUACGUCUUGGCUACAGGGUGGAACAAGGUCGCCGCCGAUAACAGGCUAGAGAUAGGCCAGACGCUUUGGAUUUGGUCCUUCCGCACCUUGGGGAACAAGGUUGUCGCCGGUGCGGACCGUACCCCAGACAAGCUCUUUAUUGCUUUCGUUCCUCUGGAUCCAGCUCCGGCUCUGUCUCUGUCUCUGGCUCUGGUUAGGGAUCCAGCUCCAUGUUCACCUCCGGCUCAAGCUGAGGCUCAAGAAGAGAGUGUCAGAGUAUUUCCAGUUCCAUAUAAUAACUGGGAGAGGACGACUCGUCUCGAGGCUUUACAAGAGUCAGGUAGGAGAAGCUCACUGGUCCCUGUCACAGAGCUUGACCUCGAGCUCCGGUUGUAACUAGAAGAUUCCGGCCAAAUGAGCUCUGCUAUGUGACCAAUCUCUGUCUAUAGUCGAAUCUAACACUUAACUCUAUUUCUUUUGGUGUUUUUUGGUUUUU